GAGUCCCUUCCCCUUGACGUAGUACAUCAUCAAGACGGCGACGACACAUUCAGCCCUGUUGUCGUCUUGAAUAGCUUCGGCGUUUGCACCGUCUUUUCACGCUCUGGUGCGCGUCGCUCGUGCUUUUUUCUACCCCUGACGAAACCCCCUCUAUCACAAAACUAUUCUUGUUCCAUUCUAUCGAUAUAUUUUGCCCAUCGAUUUGCGGACCGUGAUUAUCAAGGCGACUAUAACGACCGACGGCGAUAUGGUCUCUUGUUAGGCUGCGUCAAAGGCAAGAGUGCAGACUAUCCUUAGACAAUGUCAAGUAUGAUGGUCUCAAUCUUCAGAAUCAAGGCCACCAACAGGAUGCUUGUUGCGAUCUUCGGUGAGGCGGUGGUGACGGAGGUGCAAAGGCGUGAAGCCUCCAAUCACAUCUAUCCACAGCGGCCGGUCUCAGAACAUCGAUGGCGCAAAUGGCCAGCAACUUCGUUUCGAUGAAUUUUCGUCAUGGCCUGACAGGCUAUGGCCACGGUUCAGCGACCAUACUCAGGUCGAGAGAGAGGCUGAGAACAUCGAUGGCGCAAAUGGCCAGUAAUUCGUUUUGAUGACUUUUCGCCUUGCUCCAUUAACAGGCUAUGGUCACGACGUUUCGUCGUUCAAUCGAAGAACACCUUUUUGGAGCCGCCGCAAAGUCUUGCAGCAGUCCAAGGGCUGCCUUUGUCUCAAUGCUUGAGA